CGUACACAGUCCGCGACGCUCUCGGGAGGCUGAUUCGUGGGAUCCUAGUGAUUGCCUCCCUGACCCAACCGCGCCGCCAUGGCCUCCGCCGGGGUGGCGUCGGGGCGACAGACCGAGGAUGCGUUACCGCCCGCAUCCGAGCCGCCGCUGCCUGAGACCAAGCCGCUGCCGCCUCCUCAGCCGCCGCCUCCGGUCGCUGCGCCCCAGACGCAGCAGUCCCCAGCACCGCAGCCUCAAUCACCCGCUGGCGUGAAGGAAGAGAACUAUUCCUUUUUACCUUUGGUUCACAACAUCAUCAAAUGCAUGGAUAAGGACAGCCCAGACGUCCAUCAGGACCUGAAUGCCCUCAAAACCAAGUUCCAGGAGAUGCGAAAGCUCAUCAGCACCAUGCCCGGCAUCCACCUGAGUCCUGAGCAGCAGCAGCAACAGCUGCACAGCCUCCGGGAGCAAGUCAGGACCAAGAAUGAACUUCUGCAGAAGUACAAGAGCCUCUGCAUGUUUGAGAUCCCCAAGGAGUAGAGGCAGGGCGACUUCCAGGAAUCCCUGAGAAGGCAGGGGAAGGCAAAUGGCUUCCUUGCCCACAGUUCCUCUAGACUCCAGCUCUGAGCCCAGUUUCACCAGCCGAAAGCUUGUACAUACCCAUAUGGCUAAUGCAUGCUGACUUGAGUGUCUGCUGCUGGAAGCAAGUGUUCCUUAGGCUGGGGGGAGGGCUGCCUCUGCCACUGGGGAGGGGGCCAUCUGCUGUGUGUCUGGGUCCCUCCAGCAGAUCUGAAGAGCACAGUAGGAAAGGAGGCGGCUCUCCUUACUUCCUGCCCUCCCACCCCCGAUACAAUCAGCAUGUACCAGGUACAUAUUGUUCCUGUUAGCAGCCGUUUUUUUUGUGAAACAUUUGCAUAGAAUUCACUGGUCGAAUUAGGCCUGUACUCAUAUGGCAUGGGUUUAACAUGAUUAAAGGAGGCUGUGAGAGAAUGAACGUUGUUUUGAAAGGCCAGAGGGUGGGUGGCUUUCUCUCCCCUCUCCAAAACGGUUUGGUUCCUUUUAUAUUUCAGCCAGUGAGCGGAACUGUAUCCUACCUGUGGGGGUGUCAGCUCGAAGCCCUUCCAGGCAGCCCCUGACUCCAGGCUCCCUCUUCCCUUAUAUUUGGCUCUUGCUACCUUUGUCUCCUGUUAUCUUCAGUUAGUGCUGGAGAAUAUCCAAACCAUUCCAUACCCACAGCGCUUCUCCAGGGAUGGAGAGGGCCGGGCGUUCCCUCAAAGACUUACAUAGGGUUUUAGGCGAGCAGAUCUUUCCUCUACCCCGUUGCCCUGGCUCAAACCAUUAUUUCCCCUCUGGGCUUCUCACCAAAGUCAACCCCUUUUGCUGUCCUGCAAACAAAAGGGUUCACAAUGCGCUUUUUGUUGAGAAGGAGGCUCUUACGUGGCAAUUGGGAUGUCCCCUCAGCCAGGUGUGACAGAAGAGUUCUGGAUCAGUUCUGAUGGGAUGGACUGAGCUAGGCCUGGAACUUACACGGCCAAAUUCCUAGUUCCUACAUGUUUAUAAGCAGCCCUCACUCCCCCAGCUCCAUGGUUUCUUUCAGGUAGGACACUGUGUGUGCUCUCCCCAUGUCUACAGUGGAGGUGAUAGCAGUUCUUCCCCUGAAUCUUAAGUGUGAGGUGAGAAGUAACUAAAUAUUGUUUGGAUCUAGAAAUGGGCACAUAAUCUGUGCUGACCAGCUCAGGGGCUUAGCAGGUGCCCGCUGACUGACCUCAUUGGCAGAAGUACUGGUUGGAGAUUUUUUAGCAUGGGUUCUAGUGGUGUCCACCUGUAGCCAACCGUCAGAAGGUGACUGGCAUAUUGGAAACCUGGGACUGUGUGGAGGAGGAUAUCAGGUUUCAGAGACAGGCUUUGGCCAGAAAAGUAGGCUCUGAGUUUAAGUGGGUGGUCACCUAUUAGAUCAGUUCUAUCUUGGGACUGUUAUUUAACUGAAUCAGUUAUCUUCUUAAAAUUUCAGAGUAGCAGGUGGGCCAGUUUUAAGGCUCUGACCAAAUACCAUGAAACAUGAAGCAUGUAAAAAUAUAAAACCUUCAGGGCCUUUCUGGGAGUCUGAAAUGGAGAAGGGCUCCUCACCAGGGGUGGGGGGAGAUGGAACCUUCUCUGUAUUCCAGUGAUUUGACUUGUGAUAUUUUUCAAGUGUGUGAUUAAAAGAACUUACUGCUCUACUGUCAGGA